GCUUGUUCGUGGUGUACUUCGUUCUGCGACCGUCUGAAGUAUGUUGCAUGACUUCUCUGGGGGUUUCCUAAAAUGCAGGAAAGCUGUCUUGUGGGUCAGUGGCGUUAUUCUGAUCAGUCUGCUGCUACGCGCUUACGUCAGCCGAUUUUUGCCGAACGUCGUGACAAGGCGCUUUGGCAACGACAGAGCUAACCAUCAUCUUACCAAUGGCAACCAGUCACCAUUGAAAUCGGCUGUGCGCAGUUAUACCGGCAAGAUGAAGUCAACAGCUAGCUGUGAUAAGACUCAGCAACAGGGGCGACUGACCUGCGACAAAUGGGUGGUAGUCACGACGAUUUUUAAGUUAACCGACGCUGUCAAGGACAUGCUGAAGAUGCCAAAGUGGUGCCUGGUGCUGGUCGGUGACAAGAAGGGCCCAAAAGAGGUUCCGCCAAUGCCCAAUCUUGUCUUUCUCGACGCGGCCUGGCAGGAGCGGUGUCCGUACCACAUCUGCCGACAUCUGCCCUGGAAUCACUUCUCCCGGAAGAACAUCGGCUUCAUGUACGCCGUGGCUAACGGGGCCAAGUGGAUCUACGACACCGACGACGGUAACUUCCCCAAAUUUCCUAAAUCUGAACCGCUCUUGGAUGCUUCCAUUAAAUUCAAUCUAAUACAGGUCGCUGGACACGUGUGUAAUCCCUACGUUCCAUAUAUCAAACCGAACACCACUUUCUGGCCGAGAGGGUUGCCGCUGGACAAAAUCAUAGAUUCCAACACGAAAAACGUGAAAGUGAUCGGUGCCGUCAAGCCGGAGAAGGUGGCAGUGAUCAACUUCCUAGCCCAAACCAACCCAGAUGUGGACGCCAUCUAUAGGCUAACACACAAGACUCCAUUUCAGUUUGAGAGGGUAGAGAAAUAUCACGCACUACCGCAUUACGUCAUGUCGCCCUACAACGCCCAGGCAACGAUGCAUGCUCAGUUCGCCUUCUGGGGUCUGCUGCUCCCGGCAAGCGUAGACAUGCGCGUCACGGAUAUAUGGCGGGCGUAUUUCACUCAACGGUUGGUCUGGGACACUGACGGUCACAUCGCUUUUGGUCCGCCAUACGUCAAUAAAAUCCGUAACGUGCAUUCGUAUACGGUCGAUUUUCACAACGAAUUGGAUAUCUACCACAAAACAAGUCGACUGAUCAAAUUCCUGGUCAACUGGAUCCCGAAAACAGUUUCGUUGGCGCAGAACAUGAUCGACCUUUACAUAGAACUCUACCAGAUCGACAUCAUCGGGCGGGCAGAUAUCGAUUUAGCCAUGGCUUGGAUACGUGAUCUGGAAUGUUUCGGCUAUACUUUUCCGCCAGUGAGAGUUGCUAAAGACUUCGUGUACUUGAUACAAGGUCCAAUCAUCUCAAUACACCCUGGCCUGGUAUCUAACUCAAACCGAGAUGUUCUUUGGCUGACAUACAAGACGGACUCCGGCGACCUUUACCGACCGGAUAGCACAUGGACCACUGGGAGGAAUCUUCAGCUGGAGCAUGCCGUUGAACGUGGGAGUCGGAUGUCGAAGAAGGGUUAUCAGUAUUUUAUCUUUCUCGACGACGACGUCACGGUAUCGUUCAGGUAUAAGAAUCGACGUUGGAAGGGAAAAGGUGGAUGUGACGGUGACGACGUUUGGAUCUGCUUCGAAGAGUUCCUGCUCGCUCACGAGCCAGCAGUGAGCUAUCCGUCUUACAGGUAUCAUCACAUCAACGAGAUGUUACUCGUUAAUUUGAACUACUACUUCGAUUCGUGCGCAAUAGCUUACCACCGCGACACAUUGUCUUUCCUUCUGCCAUACAUUACUGUCUUCGAGUAUAAGUCUUGGUGGGCUUCUAUUACUCUUAAUAAUGCCCUGACCAAUGUGUUGUAUAGUAGAAGCAGGUAUCAGUGCAAUUUCCUUCUAACUACCAAUACGAGGUCCUAUCAUCAUCCAAAAUAUAAAAUCGAUAACAACCGAGUUGAAAAAUUGCAGUACCUGCUUUCGGCCUUUCAGCCAGAUGUCGACGGAAAACCAAAUCCAUUCUUUAAAAGUAUCUCGGCGAACCAGCCACCAUUCUUACCCGGUCAGCCUAAACUAAAAAAGGAUAGAAGCUACGUAGUGGACUAUGCGGCCAUUAAAAAGUACUUCAAAAUCGAACACAAUUUCACGCAGAAUAAACUGACCAACUGGCUGAACAAGCCCGCGCUUAAAACUAUUCUCUUUGGAGGGAGGGACUUUACAGAAUUUGACAAUGCAUUCGAACCUAAUUAUACCCUUUUGAAAUGAUAGUGCCAUAAGUGUACAAUCUACCAACGACCGGACAUUAGGAAUAGAUUCACUUGAUACCCUAUCCUCUCGUUCUAAUAUUAGAUGGGCUACCGGGAACGAGGAAGGCAGAGGCGUAAAUAGGCCUGAAUAGUUCUCCUCAAAAUAAUCGUACACUUCGAUAUUUGUGCGGUGUUUUUCUCUCUUUAAAUCUUAUUCAUAUAGGUCAGUCAGUUAAUAAAGGAUGUUUAUAGCAGAUUUUAAUGUUUGAAUAGUCUUUUUGAAGAAUUUUUUCGAAUCGAGCUCAAAAAGAAAUAGUUUUUGGCGCCAAUGGCGGAAUUGCACUGAAGUUCGAGUUGAUUCUCUUCAAGACACUUUGAAAAGAACACAAGUAUAAAAAGACAAAAGAACAUUGAAAUAAUAAUGCAGUUUAUAGUAUGAUAAGGGGCCCCAGACUCCUUUGAUUAAAUUCCAAAAUGGUAAAUAAUUUGACUGAGGUAUAUUGCUGUUCUUUCUACAGUAUAACUGGUUGCUUUGAGAUCCAAAGGAAAAUUACCACUUACAAUAGGAAGAGACGGAGCCUCUCAUCAAUGCACAUAUUAAAGUACUGUAAGGCUAACAAAUGUAAUCGGUAAUAUGCUUUAUUAAUGUGAAUGAGUAUUUCCAGUCUAUGAAAGCCACCGUAUUUUGUGAUAACAUUUUAGGCUUGCCUUCAUCUUUUUCAAGUUAUUAUAGGUUAUUAAAUAUUUGAUUGGGAGCUGCCCAUCA